AAACACCCUAAAUUGUAUCUCGAGGAUGGUGACCUUGAGCUGUCCGCUGAAAUGCCCGAUGGGUCGCGACAGCUCUUCCGGGUUUCUGGAGCACAACUUCGUUGCGUCUCGCCUGUCUUCAGCGACAUGCUCGCUCUGGGAGGACCUCGCGAUGAAGUUGUUAUGAUGCCAGAUUCUGCGGAGGAUCUCGCGGCCCUCUUAGAGUCUGUGUGCAUCCCCAGCUCUCUCGUCCGCAAAUUGAAGACCACCCCUGAGUCGCAAUGCGCGAUCGAGUUGUUCGGGCUUGCUAAGAUAGCGAGAAAAUAUGGAAUGGACGACAUCACCGCUGUAAUUGUAGAGCACAUCCAAGAGCAGUGGCCGCGGAGCCUCGAGGAGUGGGACGCCUCCUUUGCCACAUGGAGAACCAAUUCGAAGACUGCCGCGACGAGAGGGGACGUCCCUGAACCUGUCUCCGCCAUCAAAUUCGCAUUGGAGUUUGAUGUGCCUUCCAUUCUGCCCGCGGCAUUUUACAUGCUCUCCGUGCAGGAUUUUGGCGACACCACCACCGCAUCGCCGGGUGCGGAAAGCAUGCCUUCCAUGGCACGCUGGGAUCUCACGGACCAUGCGAUGCUACUCAAACUCAUCUGCGGCAGAGACAAAGUACGAAACCAUUUUAAGACGUACCUCUCGUCCUUGCGUUGCGAGCAGGUUGCAAACCCGCAGAAAUCGCAAUCGAGUAUAGAUGCUUGCAAUCAUGCCAAGAACGCACUCCUAGGAUCGUUGAUGCGCGGCGACUCUGCUUUCUACCCACACGGACAAUGGGAUUAUUUAGAGAUCCUGCGGCUUGUACAACUGUACAAGCCGCUACGCGAGAGGUUUUGCUGCCUCUAUACUGCGAAGACUGUAAGUACUGCAAGGGUCAGCAUGUGGGAGAAAUUGCCCGAGUAUUUCGGUAUA